GAGUCGCGGAAGCACUUUGAGAAGCGCUGCAAAACCACUUGGCAAAGAUACUGGUGGUGUUCGCGAUGGGACGAUCUUGGCGUGUCGAGCAUUGAUUUUAGCACUCAUUGCGACAUGCCGCGGUGGUUGGUGGGUGCUCGAACAACCCAGCACUAGCUGCAUGGAGUGGCUCCCAUGUUUUCAAGCACUCCUCAAACUCACUUCCGUGAGGAAGUACAUGACGAGCAUGGCCGACUUUGGGGGACCUACAGAGGAGCGAACAAUCUUAUAUUCCAGUAGCGAUGCCAUCGAGAAGCUCAGCCAAUUCCAUUCAAGGCGCAACCUCCGCCAACGGGGCAUGGUGCGACGCUAUGUGGAUGGGAGUGGCAAAUGGAGAGUGCAGGGAGGGUCCCAAUUGAAAGCAAGUCAAGCUUAUCCGGCAGGGUUUGGGCGCGCCCUAGCUUCGUGCAGAACACUGGCCCUCAAAAAGCAGCGGAGAUUUGCCCGUAGCUUUCUGAAGAGGGCUCACGAAUCGCGUGGAUCCUUGAUGGAUGAGAGGCCCCGAGCCAAUGCAAAAUGGGUGAAGGGGGCUGAUCUCAAGCCCAUCAUUACAUACUUAUCCCAGUGCCAGUGA